GACGCAUGGGCAGACUAUUCAAACAUGAUACAUACGCGAUGAUAAGAUAAUACUUGUUCUUAACAAGGUAUGGUGAAAGAUAAGCGUCAUUUUGUGCAAAACCUUUCAUCACAGUGAAUCAAUUACGUAAAAUGCCAGCAUACAGAUGGGUGUCACGACGUGUGGGACAAUCGCUCCCCGAAACAGCUGUUCAAGGUGGCAAAGAUGUUGAUGGAAGUCCCAUCUAUGUUGGAAGAGCUUUUCAUAAUGGUGAUACCGUUCCAGCUAAGGUCAUUCCUGACAAAGAAGCUGCUUAUAUUUGCCAUGGUGGCGAAGAACACUCUAAACAUGAAUUUGAAGUACUUUGCCAAGGAGAAUUUGCGUGGGAAUUUGCUAGCAAUGGUGUAGUGCCUGAGGGUGCUGUAGUUGGUGGCCAGACUUCAGAAGGUGAACCACUUUACGUAGGACGUGUUCUCCAUAAUGGAUCCCAAACAAUUGGAAAAGUUCAAGCUAGUCAUGGAUGUCUUUAUAUUCCUUUCGAUGGUGAAGAAUUGUCUUUCAGAGAUUAUGAAGUUCUCGUCAAUCAUUAAUUAAUAAUUCAUUUUUCAAUUAAUCCAUUAUUCAAUAUAA